AUGAGUUCCACACGUAUAUACCACAACAUCUCGCGGAUACCUAUCACCUCCACCAUCGUCCUUAUCUUUGGCAACUACGAACUGUGGCGGAUCCACAAGGGCACCCACCCGUACUGGAGUCCUAAAUUCGAGCAAGCAGGCUUGACCAUACCGCGUAACAAGACAAAUUCAGGCACCUCCGAUAAUGGUGCUACGGGGACUCGGGUGGAAGCUGGACGAGAGUCGCGUGGGGUCUCGAUUCAGUUCAUGAACCUGAACGGUGUCCCCAUACCCUUCCUCGGGCCCAAGUCGAUGGACUAA